AUGUAUGCUGCCAACUAUUAUUCUUUAGAUUUAACGAUGCUUGGCCAGUGGGUCAAACUAUUUUCACAAGGCACCCCUUCCAAAAAAAACUUACAAAGGGUUGGUUCUGGGUGUCAUGCAUUUUUUCCUGAAGAAAAAGCUCAACUUUAUGAAUGGGUGAAAGAAGUUCAACAAAACAAUCUUGCUGUUUCAUAUUCUAAUCUGAGGAUAAAAAUGGCUAAAAUAAUAAGUAAAAGUUCUAAACAAACAAAAGAUGAAACCAAAAACUGGCAUGGUUGUUUGGUUCCAGGACAAAGGGUAGAUAGACGAACUAGGAAUGGAAAAGUGGAUACAGCUGAGUUUCGUUCAGGAAAUACUGAUUUGGCUGUAAUUCCUGGGGGUCUCACUAGUAUGUGUCAGCCUCUUGAUGUUUGCAUUAACAAACCUUUCAAGGACAAACUUCGAAAUUAUUGGCAUGAAUGGAUGGUGAAUGGUGGAAGUGAGAAUCAUUUAAUCUAUGAUGAUUGUGAGGAUAAUAAAGAUGAUGAAUCUGAUAAAGACACUGCAGGAUCUGAUGAAGAUGAAGAAUAUGAUGAACAGCCUGAUGAAGGUAAGGAGCCCGAUGAAGGUGAGGAGCCCAAUGAAGGUGAGGAGUCUGAUGAAGAUGAAAAUAU